CUCUGCGCCGGAAGGACAGCCUGCGAACGCUUUUGGAAUUAUGGCGGCGGUGGAUAUCCGAGAUAAUCUGCUGGGAAUCUCAUGGGUCGACAGCUCUUGGAUCCCCAUUUUGAACAGUGGUAGUGUGCUGGAUUACUUUUCAGAAAGAAGUAAUCCUUUUUAUGAUAGGACGUGUAAUAAUGAAGUGGUCAAAAUGCAGAGGCUAACAUUAGAACACUUGAAUCAGAUGGUUGGAGUUGAAUACAUCCUUUUACAUGCGCAGGAGCCCAUUCUUUUUAUCAUUCGGAAGCAACAGAGGCAAUCCCCUGCUCAAGUUAUCCCACUAGCUGAUUACUAUAUCAUUGCUGGGGUGAUCUAUCAGGCACCAGACUUGGGAUCAGUUAUAAACUCCAGAGUGCUUACUGCAGUACACGGUAUUCAGUCAGCUUUUGAUGAAGCUAUGUCAUAUUGUCGAUAUCAUCCUUCCAAAGGGUAUUGGUGGCACUUCAAAGAUCAUGAAGAGCAAGAUAAAGUUAAACCUAAAGCCAAAAGGAAAGAAGAACCAAGCUCUAUUUUUCAGAGACAACGUGUGGAUGCUUUACUCGUAGACCUCAGACAAAAGUUUCCACCCAAAUUUGUGCAGCAAAAGUCUGGAGAAAAGCCAGUCCCAGUGGAUCAGACAAAGAAAGAGGCAGAACCUAUACCAGAAACUGUAAAAUCUGAGGAGAAGGAGACCACAAAGAACAUCCAACAGACAGUGAGCGUUAAAGGACCGCCUGAGAAACGGAUGAGACUUCAGUGAAUGUUGGACAAAAGAGAAGCCUGCAAGACUCCUCAUGUCAGCUAUUAUAGCUCAGUACUGUGGCGGGCUCUUGAGCUUUAAAGUACUUUGUCAGAACCCUCUCAUUUGUAGGAAAUGUGCUUGUUCUUUAAAAAAUGGUAUUACUCCCAUCAUGUUUUUUAUGUGAAUAUUUCUUCUGUAUCUUUUGUAACCUUUCCUUGGACUUGAGCAGCCUACCCACUCAUGUGUACU